UUGAGUGAUUUCAAACUUUUACAUGUGUAUUUCUUAUUAUUGGAGGUCAGGAAAUUUUUAAAAGAUCAAGGAUUGCCCAAUAAAGCUCUGCUAUUGAUAGACAAUGCCCCAUCUUAUCCUCCCGAAAAUGAAUUGAGUUCAGAUGACGAGUUAAUAACUGCAAUGUUUAUGCCACUUAAUGUCACUCCACUCAUACAGCCAAUGGAUCAAAAUGCCAUACGACUUACAAAACUUUUCUACAGAAAUAGUCUUUUGGCAUCAAUUGUAGCCACAGGGACUGAUGUUAUUAAAGCCCUAAAGAAAUUGACGUUAAGAGACGCUAUUGGCUAUUUAGAUUUAGCUUGGCAACGUCUUGAAAAGGAAACAAUAGCAAAAUGCUGGACGAACAUUUUAAGCUCUAUAGAAGAUGAAAAAGACUGUGAUGUAGAUAUUCCAUUAGCUACUUUGAGAGAAAGGAUUUGUUUACCAAUUAACUGCCAACAAGAACGCGCAAUAGAACUGCUUCAUUCAAUUAAUCCAGAGGUUAGUUUUUCAAUUGCUGAUAUCAAUGAAUGGACUGAAGAUUUUCCUAACUCAACCGAAACGAACGAGGUAGUGAUGAAAGUGAAAGCGAGGAUAGUAAUCUGGAAAGACCACAUACAAGAAUAAAGCCUAGUGAAGCAAUCAACAUUUUUAAUAAAGCUUUGGAAUGGGCGGAAGAUGAAAAUAUAAGUCCAACAUAUAUCAGCGUACUUAAACGUCUCCGCGAAAAAGCCGUGUUCAGCAAUUUGCAAAAAAAAGAAAAUCCAAAAAAAGAUGACCCAUUUUUUCCAAUAAUUUCAAUAGGUAUUUUUUUUCUUAACAAAACCUAAACAUAUAAAUUACAUGUUUUUACAAUCUGAAAUAAAAUAAAAAUAAAUGAAUUUGAGUUAAAACACAUGUUUAAUUGAUUUGAAAAAUUUUAAAAAUUAUACCUUCGGAAACGUGAACAACCUCGCAAACGUAAACACGCUCGGUUUUUAAUAGUUCACGUUA